AUGACUCAACAUCCAAGUGUAAUGGUAAAACCAAAAACUGUCAAGGACAAACUUUCUGUUGUACAAAUAAUUAUUCUUAUUCCAUUAGUUAUUGUUUGUUUUCCAACUUCUUUAACUCGAUACCAGACUAAAAACUUAAUUAUUCCAUCAAAUUUUCCAAAAGCAUCAGACCUCUUUCCAUCAUUAUUUAUUUUAGUAUUCUUAUCUCUAUUUAGAUACUUUUUAACAAAACAUAUAUUAAAUCAACUUGGUGAAUGGUUUAGAAAAGAAAGAGUUGAACGUUUUGGUCAUUGUGUAUUUAAAAAUAUCUAUUUUUUUAUCACUGCUCCUCUUGGUAUCUGUUUAUUCAAAAAUGAAGAUUGGGUUCCUGCUGUGUUGUUUGGUAAUGGAAAACAAGACAUAUCCUUACUUUGGGAAGACUUUCCCUUAACACCACAAACUCGUAGUAUUAUUCUAUUUUAUAAUUGGGAAUUAGGAUAUCAUCUUCAAUCCUUGUUAUUUCAUCUUCUAUCUACCCCUCGUAAUGAUUUUUUUGAAACACUCUUACAUCAUUUAUGCUCUGUUUUUUUGAUGACAUUUUCUUAUACUAAUAAUUGUGCAAGAAUUGGGGUUCUUGUUUUAAUUCUUCAUGAUGUUGUUGAUGUCUUUAUGUACUUUUCAAAAUGGGCAAUUGAUCUUGAAAACGUUAUCCCUGGAGGUCUCUGUUUUAUUUUCUUAACUUUUGUUUAUGCCUUAUUCAGAUUAUAUGUAUUUCCUAUAUACAUUAUCCGAGCAGGUUUGAUAGCCAUAAAUUAUGUUCCUGAUACAAUUAAAUAUAAAUAUUUAACAUAUGGAUUAUUUAUGUUGAUGUUAUUUUCUUUACUAGCAUUGCACAUUUAUUGGUUCUAUCUUAUUAUACAAAUGUUAAUUCAUUUAAUAAGUGGAAAAGGUGCAAGAGACAUUCACUCUGUUGUAGAAUAA